CGGGUGACGGGGCCGAGAUGGCGGCGCGCGAGGCGGUGGCGGAGCGGCGCGGGCCCGGCUCUGGAUGAGGGGCGGCCGCAGGCUGCGGGAGCGGCCGCCUCGGCCCCUGGAGCCCCGCGACCCCAGGCGAGGCCUCUCCCCCGGGGCAGGACAGUAUUGGAGCAGCCUACCUAAUGAUCCACCUACCUGACUCUUCCUAACUUAAAGCCUGGAAUAAAAAGUGAUUUAAAUGCCAUAGCAUAUUUGAAAUCAAGCUAUCCUUCCAUGGAAUACUCAUGGCCUGAGGAAACUGUCACAGGGCUGCCUUCUCCUCUCACCAGAAGGAAGGGUUUCUUACCAUGGCCAUAACACAGUUUCGACUCUUUAAAGUCUGUACCUGCCUGGCAGCAGUGCUUUCUUUCAUUAAAAAGUUAAUAUGCAGGUCUGGAAGAGGGCGAAAGUUAAGUGGAGACCAAAUUACUUUGCCAACCACAGUGGAUUAUUCAUCUGUUCCUAAGCAGCCUGAAGUAGAAGACUGGUCUUCAUGGGAUGAAGAUGCACCUACAAGUGUGAAGAUUGAAGGUGGCAAUGGUAAUGUGGCUGCUCAGCAAAAUUCUUUGGAGCAAAUGGAACCUGAUUAUUUCAAAGAUAUGGCACCAACUAUAAGAAAAACUCAAAAAAUAGUUAUUAAAAAACGAGAGCCUUUAAAUUUUGGGAUUCCAGAGGGAAACACAGGAUUCUCUAGCAGAUUAGCAGCCACACAAGAUAUUCCUUUUAUUCACCAAUCUCCGGAACUGGGAGACCUGGAUACUUGGCAAGAAAAUACAAAUGCCUGGGAAGAAGAGGAAGAUGCUGCUUGGCAGGCAGAAGAAGUUCUUAGACAACAGAAGAUAGCAGAAAGGGAAAAAAGAGCAGCAGAACAACAGCGAAAGAAAAUGGAGAAAGAGGCACAAAGGCUAAUGAAAAAGGAACAAAACAAAAUUGGUGUAAAACUGUCCUAACGGAAGCCACACAGCAAUGGCAAUGCCAGUGAAAAGAGAAUUUCAGCUCCACAAGAUACAUAUUGGUAUUGAUUUAACUAUUUAUCGGACUUCAACACACUGCUUGGUUUCAAUGCCUUCUUCAGGUCAUCUUGGAUGCCAGGAUUUUCCCAAAAUAUCUUGAACUACUAGUAUGUAGUUCUUAAAGAAGAAAAGCCCCACAGAAAAUCAUGCCUUGAUGGAAUGUUUCCUGCAGUAGUUCUUUUCCAGCACCCUUCUUUGCAGCAAGUGAUUGACAAGGAUGUUGAUUAAAAAACACUCUAAAUGAACAGCUCAAGCCUAGAGAAAAGAAUGUAAAUAUUGAGUGGUGGGAAAUCUGCCUGUAUUGUCUGUGCUUACCUGAAAUAUGUAAUUAAACAGUUUUAAAGAAC